AUGACGGUGACUUUCGUGCUCAACAUCUUAAUCAUAGCGGCGAUAGUCACCGGAGGAGAGUUUUCUGAUAUUCCUGAUGUUGAAAUAGAUCGACUCUUGAAAAAACUCAACAAACCUGCUCUUAAAUCCAUCAAGAGUCCAAAUGGAGAUAUAAUAGAUUGUGUUCAUCUGAAAAAUCAUCCAAUUUAUGAUCAUCCUUUAUUCAAAAACCACACUAUUCAGAUGAGACCAAGUUCUUAUCUUGAAAGAUGGAAUAAUGAGUCUUCAAAUAUGGAGAAGAAGAGUAUGGUGAAUCAAAUGUGGACAAGAAACGGACACUGUCCAAAAAAUAGUAUUCCGAUAAGAAGAACGAAAAAAGAAGAUAUUUUACGAGCAGGAUCAAUCGAAAGAUAUUUUAAAAAAUAUCCCAACAACAUUCCUCGCCAUAAUCCUGCUAAUUCUUAUGAUAACUACACACAUGAGUAUGCCAUACUCAAAGUAGAUGGUAAAUUUCAUGGAGCUCAAGCAGUCAUAAAUGUAUGGAAACCUUAUGUACAAACGCCAAAAGAAUUUAGCCUAACACAAACGUGGCUUGCAGCGGGCCCUUAUGAAGAAACUAACACUAUAGAAUUUGGAUGGCAGGUUUACCCAGGACGUUAUGGUGAUGACAACCUUAGAAUCUUUAUUUACUGGACUUCGGAUGGGUACAACAAAAAAGGCUGCUACAACCUUGACUGUCCAGGUUUUGUUCAGGUCAACGGAAAAUUUUCUUUAGGUGAAACUGUUUUUCCCGUUUCCAUCAUCGAUGGUAAACAAUAUAAUGUUCCCGUAACUAUAUUCAAGGAUCCCCGUUCAGGUCACUGGUGGUUAAAACUUGCUUACCAUAUGCUUAUCGGGUAUUGGCCUUCUACUUUGUUCAACCAUCUUGGAAAUGGUGCCACCGAAAUUAAUUGGGGAGGCGAAAUAAUAAAUUUUAAUGAGAAUUCACAACAUACAACAACGACAAUGGGGAGUGGACGUUUUGCAAAGGAAGGAUUUCGAAGAGCUAGUUAUUUCAGAGAUAUUCAGACAUUUGAUGAAGAUAAUAAUUGGGAACCAAUCGAUGGAGCUUAUUCAUACAUGACAGAUGAGAAUUGUUACAGUUUACAGCUUGACUAUGAGGAAAUUGGAUGGGGAGAUUACUUUUUCUAUGGUGGUCCUGGUAGAAAUCAGAAAUGUGUAUGA